CAGAAACAUCAGACUCAGGACAGAAACACACGACCUCUAAAAAAUGGACCAAAAUCUAUUUUUCAUUCUUCUUCUCACUGCUCUCUGCUCCGUAUCUGAAUGUGUUCAGCGUCAGUAUCACUUUAUAAAUGAGAGGAAGAACUGGACUGAAGCUCAGAGAUACUGCAGAGAGAAUUACACAGAUCUGGCCACCGUUGACAACAUAAACGACAUGAACGAGCUGAAGAAGAGUGUGAAUGUUGGAAGUCUUUUGUAUGUCUACAUUGGGCUGCAUAAGACGAGUCGUUAUAAAUGGCAGUGGUCUUCAGGUGAACCUGCGCUCUAUCUGAACUGGGCUACUGGACAACCAGAAGGCACAGAUGAUUGUGCUAUGAUGACAAAUGGACAAUGGCAUGAUAUACCAUGUAGUAAUACCCAACCUUUCAUCUGCAACAACACAAAUGCAGGACUCGUCCUUGUCAAUCAGAUGAUGAAGUGGAGAGACGCUCAGAGUUACUGCAGACAGAAUCACAUUGAUCUGGUCAGUGUGAGAAACCAGAAUGAGAAUCAACAGGUUGAACAGCUCAUUAACGAUAGACACUUAUCUGGAUCAUAUAUUUGGAUCGGUCUGUUCAGAGACUCAUGGCAGUGGUCAGAUCAGAGUGACUCCUCAUUCAGAUACUGGAACCCUAUUGAACCUAAUAAUAUGGGAGGUGCUGAAAACUGUACAGUGAUUGAACCGAAUGCUCAGGGACAAUGGAAUGACAUCCCUUGGAACUAUAAAUAUCCUUUUGUGUGUCAUGAAGACUUUGAUUCUGAAGUGAUCCUGAUCAAAGAGAAUCUGACGUGGUCUGAAGCUCUGAGUUACUGCAGACAGAAUCAUGUGGAUCUGGUCUCGGUUCAUUCAGAAGAGAUUCAGCGUGGUGUGAUGAACGUGGUUAAACGGGCGUCUACUGUGGCGGUGUGGUUGGGUUUACACAACUACUGCAUCAUGAACAUGUGGCUCUGGGUGAGUGGAGAGAUCGUGUGCUAUCACAACUGGGCUCCAGGGAACGGAACGACACGGGAAAACUGCAAACUUGAAAACAGAAAAGGAGCAGUUCAGUCUGGAGGAGAUCAGCGCUGGAUCAGCCUUCCUGAAUCUCAGAAACUCAACUUCAUCUGCAGCAGAAAUUGAGAGUGAGAAACACACUGUUUUCAUAGGCUACUUCAUUAGUUUUCUGAGUUACUUUUAUGUUUGAUUUGUUCUUUAGUUCUGCAAGGAUUACACAAGGGAAUAUGCACACAAAACAAAGGGCGCACAAUAGAAUAUGAAUAUAUAUUUGUAGCUGGACAUUAAAUGUGCUUCGUGUGAAAUUUUAAACCUACAAGUAACUGUAUUUUUAUGAUAGCAGUAACUGUAAAAAGAUUAUUGUAAUGGGUAAAUCAAAUGUAAGCUAAUACAGUCCUAAUUACUAAGCUCAGAUGAGUUCAUGCAUAUUCCAUGCAUGUUACCAGUUAAAAUGUUUUUAAUUAAGUGAUUUUAAUUUUAUAUAAAAUGUACAGCUGUCAUAAGCUGUACUGUACAAACAGCAUCAUUACAUCAUGGGCAAGGCAUUUUUAUUUAUAUAGCACAUUUCAUACACAAUUGUAAUUCAAAGUUCUGUGCAUGAAAGUAAUUAAAAUCAUUAUAAAAAAGUAAUCACAACAAUAAAAACAAAGAUUUUAAGAACAUUUAAAAUGAUUUAAAAACUGAUUUGAAAUUUAUUAAAACUAGUAAGAAUAAAAAAUUAUACAUAAAAUAUAUAGCAAUCAGUUCCGCCAUAGCGCAGUACUCAUUUAGUAAAUGCACAGCUAAACAGAUGAGUUUUGAGUCUAGAUUUAAAUGUAGCUAAUGUUUUAGCACAUCUGAUCUCUUCUUGAAGCUGAUUCCAACUGCGGGCAGCAUAAUAGCUAAAGCAGAUUCCCCUUUGUUUUGUGUGAACUCUUGGUAUUUCUAAUUGACUCAGUCCUAAUGAUCUGAGUGGUCUGUUGGGUUUAUAUUCAGUGAGCAUAACUGCAAUAUAUUUAGGUCCUAGAAAAUGUAGUGGUUUAUAAACGAGUUAUGGUACUUUAAAAUCAGUCCUAAAUGUAACUGGAAUCCAGUGUAAGUGUCACGAAUCCUGUCCAUGAUCUUCAUUCUGCUCGCCACCAGAGGUCGCCUUGCCAUUUUGUUGACACUCGCACUGCACAGACUGUUGCACUGCUACACCCUGGACUGCGUUUCCCAUGCUCCACUUCACUGUUUAUGCACAACAGCUGCAUCCACUCACACUGUAUAAAUACGAGGCUGUCACCAUCAUUCAGGACUGAGUAUUCACUGUUGAAAAAACAGCAUAUGCUCGUUAGGUAGGUUUUGAAGCUGGGAUGCUGAUUUUAGCUGGUUUAUGCUGGUCCUUUGCUGGUUUAUGCUGGUUCUUAGCUGGUCAUGUGCUGGUCCGGAUCCAGCAUAAACCAGCUAAGGACCAGCUAGCUAGACCUUGUCUAGCGUUUAGCACUCUCUGAGUUUUAGCCACAUUACGGAGCCAUUUCAAGUUUUCUGAGUUUAGUUUAGUCUUGUUUCAAGUCUGGUUAUACAAGUCUUGUUCCUAGCCUAGUUUAUCUCAUCUUGUCUGUCUUCAGCCUGUCCUUCAUUCAUUGCCCCUUGAGGGUUAACCCUUUGUCUUACUGUUGCAGACUCUGUUCGCACCUCAUCUGAACUAUUGACUGUCUGUUUGGAUUCCCUGUUUGCUUCACCCCUUGGAUUACAUUCAUCGCCAAUUGCCUGUACCUGGAUUGCUCUUGUGUCUUGCCCUGUUUGUAUCUGUUUGCUGGUAUUGACCCUCUGUGUGACCACGUCUCUUUUUAAUAAAAGUUUGCAUUUGGAUCUGCCCACUUCUCGUCUCGUUUGCUCCUUUACAGUAAUGACCUGAGGACUGGUGUGAUAUGCUCAGAUUUUCUGGUUCUAGUCAGAAUCCUGGCAGCAGUGUUUUGGAUGAGCUGCAGCUGUCUAACGGUCUUCUUGGGAAGGUAUAAACAAGUUUCUCCAAGUUUUGAAUGGAAACAAAACAUCUAAUUCUUGCAAUGUUUUUGAGAUGAUAGUAUGCUGAUUUAGUUACUGCUUGACAUGACUACUGAAACUUAGGUCUGACUCCAGAAUCACACCAAGAUUCUUGACUUGAUUUUUAGUUGUUUGACCCUUAGAGUCAAGGUAUGCAUUCACCUUAAGAACUUCCUCUUUGUUCCCAAAUGCAGUGACUUCAGUUUUCUCCUUGUUUAACUGAAGAAAGUUCUGGCACAUCCAACUGUUAAUUUCAUCAAUGCAUUGGCAGAGGGAAUCAAUGGGGCUGUAGUCAUUUGGCAAUAAGGCUAGGCAAAUCUGGGUAUUAUCAGCACAGCUGUGAUAUGCAAUUUGGUUCUUUCUCAUUAUUUGACUUAGUGGGAGCAUAUACAGGCUAAACAAGAGCAGCACAAGAAUUGAGCCUUGUGGGACUCCACUUGUCAUGGACGUCCAUUUAGAGUUCAGCUCUCCUAUACUUACAAAGUAACCUCUCCCUUCUGAGUAUGACCUGAACCAUUUGAGAACUAUCUCACAAAGCCUGACCCAGUUUGAUAUUUUGCCAGAAUCAGAAUAAUGGGAAUAUAAUUUAUUAUCUUUAUGAGCGCUGUCUCUGCUGUGAUACGGUCGGAA